AUGACAGAGUAUCAGAGGCCUCAGCAGAACCAUGCGAACUCAAAUCAGCGAAACUACUCGACCCAGCACCACGUGAAUCAGUACAACUAUGCGAACCGGCAUGACGCAAACCGUCAGAACAAAUGCAAGGAAGCAGAGACGCGGGGCAUAAACAGGUGUACGAAAAAACAUCACAAGUCGCUACACCUCGAACCGAAGCCGGAAGAAAACAUCAACACCAAGGCCCAAAAGCAUGUCGAACGGCAGCGCGAUCUCAACAAGAAGGAACGACUGCGCAGAUUGGAGGAAGACACAAUCCGUCGGGCCGAAGACACGAUCCGCCGGUUGGAGGCGACUCGACAACAACAUGCUGUCGAAGAAGCGCGCCGUCGCGACGAAGAAGAACAUGAUCGUCGCAAAGAAGAGGCUCGCCAGGAGUUUGAUGAAAGUAAUGCGAAGGGCGGGAGGUCGGUGAAACAGCGUGACAAUGAUUUUGAUAACAGUGAGAAGUCAUCGGAGUUGCGGCAAAUGUUCGAACCGAUCGAUAAUUCUCAGGUACUGAACACGGACAAGGAGGCAGAGGAACAUCAACCGUCCAAGAGUAGUUACGAUGACCAAAGUAAUGCGUCGAACCAGUUGCGCCAAAAACGUGUACGCAAAAAAGCAGUAGCAGCAGCACGAGAACGACAGGCCAUACCGCCGACUCCAAAGGUAAAGGAAAAGAAUAGAACAAACAGUCGUUGUAACUCGGACAGCUAUGACAAGAGUAAGCCCAACCAAGCGGAUUCCGAUAAAUCGGAUCGCUUCCGGAAAAAAUCGAGCACGGCAGCAGCGAAAAGGAGUGCAGCGGCCACUGAUAGUGACGAAUUGUUGGAAGUGAAUCACGAAGCUGAACCAUCGGUGGCAGCCGUUGUAGCGGAAGACGAGAAGGACGAAACGAUCGAGUGUGUUAGCGGACGACGGCAGACCCGGAAAGAAGCGACUGGUGCCCUCACGACAAUGUACGAGAUCAAGGAGAUCGGUGACCUAAACUUGAAAGGUGAAGUAGGCGAUCGCCGAUUGGAGCAGAUGGAGAAACUGGACAUCGGCUCGUUCCUGAUGUGUCUCGCGAAGCCGUUCAAGCCGUUGCAGAAGCAGCAACAGCCAUCGCCGGGAUUACAGCAACCAUCGCGGCUGCACAACACGGGCGAGAACCAGAGUGGUAAGGACGAUCAUCCGGGACACAUCACACUGAGACCGUCGGACGGGCGGUGGGUACCACCCUCAGCGUAA